AUGGCGGAAAUUGACGUCGAAGCCGUGUUGAAGAAGCUCACUUUGGCGGAAAAGGUCGACUUACUAGCAGGCAUCGACUUCUGGCACACAAAAGCCCUCCCCCAUCACGGCGUCCCCUCGCUGCGCUUCACAGACGGCCCCAACGGUGUAAGAGGCACCAAAUUCUUCAAUGGCGUCCCCGCGGCCUGCUUCCCCUGCGGCACCGCCCUCGGUUCCACCUUCAACACGUCGCUGCUCGAACAGGCAGGUAAGGUGAUGGGCACAGAGGCCAUCGCCAAGAGCGCGCAUGUGAUCCUCGGCCCGACUAUCAACAUGCAGCGCUCCCCUCUGGGCGGGCGAGGCUUCGAGUCCAUUGGCGAGGAUCCCUUCCUGGCUGGUUUAGGUGCAGCAGCUCUUGUGCGCGGCAUCCAGAGCACCGGCGUGCAGGCGACGAUUAAGCACUUCCUGUGCAAUGACCAGGAAGAUAAGCGGAUGAUGGUGCAGAGCAUCGUCACGGAGCGCGCGCUGCGGGAGAUUUACGCGCUGCCGUUCCAGCUGGCGGUGCGGGACUCGCAGCCGGGGGCGUUUAUGACGGCGUACAACGGCAUCAAUGGCGUAUCGUGCAGCGAGAAUCCAAAGUAUCUGGAUGCCAUGCUGCGCAAGGAAUGGGGCUGGGACGGCCUCAUCAUGAGCGACUGGUACGGCACUUACAGCACCACCGACGCCGCUGUGGCCGGCCUCAACCUCGAGAUGCCCGGCCCCCCUCGAUUCCGCGGCGAGACGCUCAAGUUCAACGUCUCCAACGGAAAGCCCUUUGUCCAUGUCAUUGACCAGCGAGCCAGAGAGGUGCUCCAGUUCGUCAAGAAAUGUGCUGCGUCCGGCGUCAAGGAGAACGGCCCCGAGACCACCGAGAACAACACCCCCGAGACGGCAGCUCUGCUCCGCAAGAUCGGCAACGAGGGCAUCGUCCUCCUCAAAAACGACAACAACGUGCUGCCCCUGAAAAAGGACAAGAAGACGCUCGUCCUCGGCCCCAACGCCAAGCAGGCCACCUACCACGGCGGAGGCUCUGCCGCUCUCAGGGCCUACUACGCCGUCACCCCCUUUGACGGCAUCAGCAGCCAGCUCACCUCGACCCCGUCAUACACCGUCGGCGCUUAUACUCAUCGCUUCCUCCCCGUGCUGGGCGAGCAGUGCACGACUCCAGACGAUGGCGAGGCAGGCAUGCGCUGGAGAGUCUUCAACCAGCCCCCCGGCACCCCUGAUCGGCAGCACAUUGACGAGCUCUUCUUCACCAAGACGGAGAUGCACCUCGUCGACUACUACCACCCCAAGGCCGCCGACACGUGGUAUGCCGACAUGGAGGGCACGUACACCGCCGACGAAGACUGUGUAUACGAGCUCGGCCUCGUCGUCUGCGGCACCGCAAAGGCCUAUGUAGACGGCAAGCUCGUCGUCGACAACGCAACCCACCAAGUCGCCGGCGACGCCUUCUUCGGCUCCGCAACCCGCGAAGAGACCGGCCGCGUCAACCUCGUCAAGGGCAAAACCUACAAGUUCAAGAUUGAGUUCGGCUCCGCGCCCACUUACACCCUCAAGGGCGACACCAUCGUGCCCGGCCACGGCUCCCUCCGCGUCGGCGGCUGCAAAGUCAUCGACGACCAGGCCGAGAUCCGCAAGUCUGUCGCCCUGGCCAAGGAGCACGACCAGGUCAUCAUCUGCGCGGGGCUCAACGCCGACUGGGAGACCGAGGGCGCCGACCGCGCGAGCAUGAAGCUGCCCGGUGUGCUGGACCAGUUGAUUGCCGAAGUGGCCGCCGCGAACUCCAACACCGUCGUCGUGAUGCAGACGGGAACCCCUGAAGAGAUGCCCUGGCUGGAACAGACGCCCGCUGUGGUGCAGGCCUGGUACGGCGGCAACGAGACGGGCAACUCCAUCGCGGACGUCAUCUUCGGGGCCUACAACCCCUCUGGCAAGCUGCCGCUCAGCUUCCCCAAGCGCCUGCAGGACAACCCGGCCUUCUUGAACUACCGCACCGAGGCUGGCCGCACCUUAUACGGCGAGGACGUCUACGUCGGCUACAGAUACUACGAGUUCGCCGACAAGGACGUCAACUUCCCCUUUGGCCACGGCCUCUCCUACACAACCUUUUCCUUCUCAGACCUCAGCGUCUCCCACAAGAACGGCAAGCUGAGCGUGUCUCUCUCAGUAAAGAACACGGGGUCUAUCGCCGGCGCACAGGUCGCCCAGCUGUACAUCCGCCCCGUACAAGCUGCUCGAAUCAACCGCCCCAUCAAGGAGCUCAAGGGCUUUGCAAAGGUAGAUCUGCAGCCGGGCGAGACGAAGAGCGUGACGAUUGAAGAGCAGGAGAAGUAUGUUGCUGCGUACUUUGAUGAGGAGCGCAACGAGUGGUGUGUUGAAAAGGGAGAUUAUGAGGUUAUUGUGAGUGAUAGCAGUGCUGUCAGGGACGGAGCGCUCAAGGGGAGGUUUUCAGUGGAGGAGACGUAUUGGUGGAGUGGGAUUUAG